AUGGCGGCCUUGCGAUCCACUUCAUCCAAAUUGAAUCAUGUCCAUUUGAACGGCCAAACUCUGGAAGGAGGUGGGCAGCUAGUUCGCAUUGCAAUUGGGCUGUCUGCAUUGACUGGUCGUCCAGUUAGCAUUGAUCAUGUCCGCGGGAACAGAGAGGGAAAGAAGGGACUUAAGAGAUCUCAUGCUGCAUCAGUGAAGCUGUUGGUCGAGAUUAGCAGCAGCAAAGUCUCGGGAGGCGAGGUUGGCUCCCAGUCAUUGAGCUUCUUUCCACAGUCAACCAGAUCGAAAAGCGGGCCUCUGCUGGACUUGUCGGAAGUCAAUGUAAAGUCCGAAUACGACAUCAAGCUCACGACUGCCGGAGCCAUCUUUCUCGUCUUUCAGGCCAUCUAUCCGUAUCUACUUCAUGUUGGAUCUCAGGCGGCUGGUCCCUUCAUUACAGUGAGCAUAACUGGUGGAACGAAUGCUACUUAUUCUCCAUCAUAUGACUAUGCAGCGCAAGUUAUGGUGCCCAAUUUCUCCAAACUUGGAUUGCCUCCCUUGUCCAUUAUUCUUCAUAAGCGUGGCUGGACAACGGGACCAGUUGACCUUGGAGCAGUCACUUUUCUCAUACACACACUUGGAUAUCGACAUAAUCCGGAUGACCCGACUCAAACCAACGAGUCAUUCAAAGAAGACCGGACAGCCGAGCCUCAAUGCAGCUUCCCACGGAUUAGUAUAAUGGAUCACAAUCGCGGCAAAAUCACGCAAAUUGACAUCACAGUGCUAGCACCGGAUCAACCCACUCUCAACGCGGAUCAAGAAGAGGGAACAGGGAGUACUGUUCGCCAAUUUAUUGAGCAGCUCACUCAACACGCUCUCCGCUGUGAAAUGAGAAAGAUGGAUCCGUCGAUUUUUGCUCAACGCUCUAAUUUGCCUCUAUCUGGUGGCGACUCUCACAGCAAAUCGCCAGCCAAAGACACACCAGUUCCCAUCAAGAUACACACAACGGAAGCUACAAAUCACCGCAGCCAUGUGUACAUCCUUUUUGUGGCCCAUACGUCCUCAGGGUUCAGAAUAGGCUACGAUAUUCUCAGCAGCACGGGAGGCGAUCGCUUGCUUAAGCCGAAGGAAAAAGGAAAGCAAAAGCAACAGCCAGCCCGUGACUCUCAGCGUGAUUCUCAAAACAACGUAGCAUUUUCUGCGGCUGCAGAUCUAGUCCGCCGAUGUGUGAAAGGAUUCAUUGAGGAAAUCUCCAACGAGAGUCCAUAUGCCAACCCAGACCAAAAGCCUACUUCCAUCGUUAAAUGA